GUUUUCCCAAAUCCAACGCAAGGGGGAAGGUAGGUAGGAAGGAAAAGAAAGCCAUUGAAAUCCUUUCCCUUUGAAUUCCAAGGUUCAUAAUCUGUGUUGUGAUUACAAAUCGCAAAAUCGAAAAUCGUUUUGAUUUGAUUUGAUCGCAUAGUCAUCAUGGGUCAAGCUUUUCGGAAGCUUUUCGAUUCCUUCUUCGGCAAUACUGAGAUGCGGGUUGUCAUGCUUGGUCUUGAUGCUGCUGGCAAAACAACUAUACUCUACAAGCUUCACAUUGGAGAAGUUUUAUCUACUGUUCCUACAAUUGGUUUCAAUGUGGAGAAGGUUCAGUAUAAGAAUGUUAUUUUCACGGUUUGGGAUGUUGGAGGGCAAGAGAAAUUAAGGGCACUUUGGAGGCACUAUUUUAGCAACACGGAUGGUUUGAUAUAUGUUGUGGAUAGUCUGGACCGCGAGAGAAUCGGGAAAGCAAAGCAGGAAUUUCAGACAAUCAUAAAUGACCCAUUUAUGCUCAACAGUAUCAUCUUGGUGUUAGCCAACAAACAGGACCUGAAAGGAGCAAUGACGCCAAGGGAAGUAUGUGAAGGAUUAGGUCUCUUUGAUCUCAAGAAUAGAGCAUGGCAGAUACAAGGCACUUGUGCGCUUAGAGGAGAUGGCCUUUACGAGGGCUUGGACUGGCUGUCCUCAACUCUGAAGGAGAGAAAAGCUGCUGGAUACUCUUCAAUAGGACUAGGAACUUCAUCCUUCUAAUUUUCCAGGUCUUUUGGCCUUGGGAUUUGGCGAUUGAUGAAUGUAUAGUGUGUGGCCAGUUCUAAACUGCUGUGAUUGGUAAUCAAAUUUUUGGUUUACAUCUGAAGCUGAUGAAGUAUAUAGUUGCUUCGUGUUUCAGGGUACUAAAGAUAUGUUACUUGCUCCACUUAAAGAUGUUUGUGCAUGACGAAUGAUUAACUAAAUUCUGUUGCCAUAUUGGUAUCCCUCAUUAAGGUCAUGGAUGCUGGAUCAUUUGUUCAUUCUCUCUCGGUUUCCCCCUUCCUACUCUGGUAUAUCUGGUUGGCUGUGCAUUUGGUGCCGAGAUUAAUGAAAAUAAUGAUUCUGACAAAUACAUUGGGUGCUUGUCAUGAUUUUCUUUUCGGUAACUUCUUAUUUUGAUUCAAUUUAGUUGGGUGGUUGCAAUUAUUUCCCUUUCCAUUUGCUUAGAAUAAUAUGCCUGUCUCUUCUAUUGGAA